CUUGAAUAGCUCCUUUCUCAUUUCCUAGUAAAUUUUUUUUGGACUGUUGUUCUUUCACUUCAACUUGAAAGAAACUUUUUUUUUUUAUUUUCCAUAUCCUGUAAUCUUUUCCCUUUUUUCCUUGCGUAACCAUUCAACUGAUCUAAAACAAUGUCAUCCAUACCCAAUAAUCGACCGACUGUCCAGAGUAAUCACCAAAUUGAGAGUUAUCUGUCAGCUAGAUCCAAGCCGACCUCUGAAAAAGAAGAAAUUGAGCGACACCAUCAAGAAGACGAUCGAGUGUCCGCCGACUGUGAAAAAUCUUUUAGUGAAGAACAGAUUGAGCAUGUUCCCGAAGGCACCGGAUCGCCCUCCAAAGCCUUGUUUAUGUUACUGAAGGUUUUCGUCGGUACAGGUGUGAUUUUCUUGCCUGGCUCAUUUGUUUCAGGUGGUCUUAUCUUUUCCAUCUGUCUCAUGGUAUUCGUUGCUUGUCUGUGUCUUGUUGCUUUCCAGCUUCUCGUCAAGGUGCAACGCCUGAUGGGCGGUUCGUACGGUGACCUUGCUUAUGCGCUUUACGGUCCUUGGCUACGUUAUUGCGUCCAGUUCUUUUUGUGUCUCUCGCAAAUGGGUUUCGUCGCAUCGUAUCUGAUUUUCAUUUCUGAGAACAUUGGCCUCGCCGUCCAAACCUUGUCAAAUUGUUAUUCGCCUUUUGAGGCUAAAUACUACAUUUGGAUGGUCAUUGCCAUUGUUAUCCCUGUCACCUGGACUCGUAAGAUUGUCCGACUGUCUUGGUUUGCGAUCAUUGCCGAUGUCUUUAUUCUUUUCGGUCUUAUCUGCGUCCUGUACUUCUGCUCGGCUCAAAUCGCUCACAACGGUCCUGGCCCCAAUAUUAAAAACAUUAAUCCAAAUGAUUUUGCUCUCAUGAUUGGUACCGCCGUGUUCUCUUUCGAAGGCGUCGGCAUGGUCGUGCCUAUCGUUGAAGGUAUGAAGGAACCCGAAAAAUUCCCUCGUGUCUUAAACAUUGGUAUGGUGAUUGUCGCGGUCAUUUUCAUUCUCAUUGGCACCAUCGGUUACGUUGCCUAUGGUGAAAAUACUCAAGCCAGCGUGGUGGCCAAUCUUCCCAGACAACCGUUGUCGGUCACUGUCCAGCUGUUGUAUGCGAUAGCCAUGAUCCUUACUUGUCCAUGUAUGUUGUAUCCUGCUCUGACCAUCAUUGAACGUGGUAUCUAUGGUCCCAACCGCAGCGGUCGCACAUCCCUCAAGUACAAGUGGGGCAAAAACUUUGUUCGUUCCAUGAUUGCCAUUGUUUGUGCCGCCGUCAGUUUCGGUGUCGGUGCAGAUAGUCUCAACAAGUUUGUCGCGCUGGUCGGCUCUGUAGCUUGUAUGCCACUUUGCUUCAUCUUCCCUGGUAUGUUCCACUAUAAAGUGGCCAAUAAUCGUUGGAAGAAAACCGGCGAUGUGAUCCUCACUAUCUGGGGUAUUGGUAUCAUGAUCUAUACCCUCUAUGUCAAUAUCAACUCUUGGGUUCAUCCCGCCCCCAGUGCCCCCGCUCCUGAAUGUAUUCCUGUACAACAAUAAUCGCAGUCAUUCAAUCAUCUCCCCGAUAUUUCGUUGAUCGAGUAUCUGUUUCCGCCAGUAUGAUUUGUAAAUAAUACUUUAUGUAAAAAAAACCAAAAAGACAACAACAGCAUAAUACACAUCAUCCAUUUCCUUUGUGGCCUCCUCAAAAAGUUGCCAUGAUUGUAGUUGCAAUAAAAAAAAUGUUAGAGCGA